AUGGUCCGAUGUGCGAAAUGUUUGCAGUUAUAUUCUUACGAACCUCCGAGGUUUUUUGCAAUAUCUCUAUGUCUUUGCUCAACCCUUUCUUUCUUUCCUUCUUUCUCUCUUUCUUUCUUUCUUUCUUUCUGUCUUUCUGUCUUUCUUUCUUUCUUUCUUUCUUUGUCACUGAAUUUACUUCUAUUUCACCGUCUCUAUUUCGCUAAGCAUCUGCCUGCUUUCUCUCUCGACAUUUAUUUUUUCUUCUUCUUUCCAUUGUUAGUUUUUUUUCUUAAUGUCAUGCUUUCUUCUUUCUCAAUCUUUUUUCUUUUUCUGUUUCUUCCGUUUUCAUUGAAGUUUUUCUUUUUUCGUCUUCUUUCUUUCUUUCUUUCUUUCUUUCUUUCUUUCUCUCUUUGUUUUAUCUCUUUCGUAAUAUUUCUUUCUUUCUUUCUUUCUUUCUUUCUUUCUUUCUUUCUUUAUUUCUUUCUUUCUUUCUUUCUUUCGUCCCUUAUUUCUUUCUUUCUUUCAUUUUCCUUUCUUUCUCUCAUUUCUUUUUUCAUAUAUUUUUCGUUUAACAUCCCUUUCUUUCCCGUAAUAAUUCUUUCUUUCUUUCUUUCUUUCGUCCCUUAUUUCUUUCUUUCUUUCGUCCCUUAUUUCUUUCUUUCUUUCGUCCCUUAUUUCUUUCUUUCUUUCUUUUUCCUUUCUUUCUCUCGUUUCUUUUUUCAUAUAUUUUUCGUUUAA